UAUCUCGUUCACCUGCUUCCAUAUACUGUUCUGAUACCUCAUCAGCGCCACGCUCGCCAUCCACAACGCCAGGACGUUGUGCGCAGGAGGACAUAUAAGAUGAAACUCGGAGUAAGUAGGGCCAUGGACGGGAAAGGGUACAACGUCGAGGGUGUCAAAGGUGCGGAUGCUCAUCGAUCAUGCCAUGUCCGAUAACCAGGAAGCCAUCAAUGAGGCGAUGGGCUGCAUGGAAUGUCACAUUAUACGUAUUGUGAUGAAAUGACAUUGCACGACUCCGCGUCAAUUCCCGAAUUGUUGAUUCAAUAUUAUUACGGGUCCAUCCAUGCCUCGAGAACUCCUGGUUUGGCUAAGAUUGAAGCACUCGACUAUCGUACCGCUACUUGGCACCGCGAAGGUCGAGUCUCCAUUUCCGGCUCUCAUUUCCCAAUGGAUGUCUUCUGGGACAUUAUAUAUGUACCUCGAGCAAGUUAACGCGACCGAUUCAACUAGAAUUAAAUUGAAUAUCAUUCACGGAGACCUUCAUCCUGCAUGUACAGCAAAUGUGCUCAUAGAUGACUCGGGGAAUCCACGUCUCACGGAUUUUGGUCUCGCGACAGUCGCAGGGGACGCAGAGCUGCAGUUGUCCAUGACGACCGCGACCCGCACCUUAGAUUCUCGAUGGCGUGCGCCUGAAAUCGUUGGAAUCGAGCGUGACCCUGAAAAACCGUCUUUCAAGAGUGAUAUCUAUGCUUUGGGUGGUGUCAUGUUUUUUGUGCGAUCUUGGUAUCAUCUCGGGGAUGUACCGUGGAAGGAGAAGAGCUCGGUUCAAAUCUGCAUCGCGCUGUCGCAAAAAGUCGAACAUCUGCGUCCCGACAACAUCCUUGAUUAUCACUGGACAUCGAUUCAAAAAUGCUGGUCUUGGGAUCCGGGGAAUCGCCCAGAUGCCGCGGAAGUCAUUGAAUACAUUACACCGAAAAACAUCAUCAUUUUUGGAGAACGUGGCGCUGGGAAAAGCUCUGUGAUCAACCUUCUAGCAGGUAGACAGGUCGCUGAGACCUCGUCAGACCAGAAUAGUCUUACAUUGCAUUACGACGCAUAUGGUAUCACCAUCGAUGACGUACCGUAUCGCGUCUAUGAUACUACUGGGUUCGACGACUACCGCACGAACCCUAGCGGAUUCCUUUACGCCAUCACCAAUGCUCACAAGUUGGCCAAGGAGCUUCGUGAGAAAGGAGGAGUCUAUCUGCUGUUGUACUGCAUCAAGGGGGACGAAAUACCAUCAACAUUCAUCACUAACUACAGGCUACUCUAUGAGUUUCUCUUUGAGGAGAAGGUGCCAGUCGCGCUCAUCGCCACUCACCUGGAGGGAGAGGAUAACAUGGACGAUUGGCACGCGCACAACAAGGAAUGGUUCGAUCGUCAGGCGGUCAAGUAUGUCGAUCAUGCUUGUAUCACUGCAGCAGACAAUCCAGACCCGAAAUGCAGGGAGAAGUAUGAAAUGUCCAGAACAGAAGUGGGCAAAUUGAUCAGCCGACAAGCACAGCACUGGAACAGAGGAGAUUGGUCGUAUGCAAGGAUCGUUGGGGCAGAUGACCCCUCAACCUGGCAAGCAAGCAAAGCCGACGUUCUUGGAGUCCUCACGAUGCGCUGCGGGUUGGGGGAGAGCUUAGCAAAAGUCGUGAUUCGAAAUCUUUAUACUAACAUGACUCAAAGGUACAUAUUCUCUAGAUGACGUUUUUUCCUCUCUUUCCUAAACACAGACGUUACAUAGCACUAUCCGGACCAUCCCUCCUGAAAUGGCUGAAAGGUCUAUAGUCUUCAGAUGCCGUUUGCGUUGUAGUUUUCUAACCUCGAACUCUACCUAGCACUAUUCGGACCAUCCGUUCUGAAAUGACUGAAAGGUACGUAUUGUUCUGAUCCCGUUUGCGCCGCACUUUUCCAACCUCAAAUGCUACAUAGUACUAUCUGGACCACCAGUCC